AUGGUUGCUUCUUGUCUUGAUCAAGACCCUUCAAAAAGACCUACUGGUCAACUUUUAGAGUAUUCUUUCUUCAGGACCUGUGAAGGAUUAGGCUUUUUGUUCAAGAACGUUUUCGAUGGGUUGCCUAAUGCUGAAGAAAGAUUCAAAGAAACCAAACAUUAUGGGACAUCAAGCCAGAUUACUGCUGGUGCUGAUAUUGAAGAAGAAGAAGAGGGUACUACCUCAGCGGCUCCGGUUGAACAAAGGAUCAGUGGCUGGAAAUUUAAUGAGGAUGGAUUCGUGCUUGACCCAGUAUUCCAUAAUGAGUCAGAAGAUGAUCAAGUUGUGAAAGUGGUUCGUUUUAGAGGUGAAACCAUUAUUCCUAAGCUGGACAUAGAAUUCAGUAAGUCGUCAGGUGACUUGGAGGGUUUAGUGGGAGAUCAGACUGGUGCAAACAUGAGUGGAAUACAGGGAAUUACUGAGGGUUUAGUGGCUCUCAAGAAGAGUUUGGAUGAGCAGAGGAAGCGACUACAAUUGGUGUCUGAUGGGCUCUUAGCUUUGCAAUAG